UUCCAUGUGUGCCCCAACUGGCCAAUGGCCGUCUGGACUGCCUAUCAAACAAUGCCUGGGUGAGCUGGGACCCUGCAGCAGGGGCAACGAGUUACUUCAGCAUGGCGCAGGCAGCCAACGGUGACAGUUUCAACUGCACCACGUCUUCGGCGCCCUGUGGAAUCGCCAAUCUGAAAUGUGGGACCCUUUACACCUUCGCUGUCAUGGCCAUCAAUGAUUACUGCAGAAGUAAUCACAGCAAACCCUUCGACCUUGUGACAGGCCCUUGUACUCUAGAGACCAUCAAUGCAACAAGUGAAUGCAACAGUGGCACCAUCCUGGUUGAAUGGAAGAAAACAGGAGACACGUCCACCUACCUGGUUACAGCCGUGGCAGACGAUAAUACCGUAAUUUCCUGUAACAGCUCAUCCAGUUCGUGCCUUCUCCAGGGUGCCCGCUGUGACACGCACUACAGCGUCGUAGUGUCAGCUUCCUCUGACACGUGCGGCAGCCUCAGAAGUCCUCUGACAAAGAUCACAACCGCCCCAUGCGUGCCGAGCAAUGUGACGGUGGGGUCAUUGUGUGAGAAAAACGUGGCUGCGGUGUCGUGGGCUGCGUCGCCCGUGGCCUCAUCCUACCAGCUGACAGCCACGGGACAGGAUGGACACAAGACGGGGUGCAGCUCCGCAAUGAGCAACUGUUCCCUGGUUGAUCUUCACUGCGGUCAAACGUACAGCUUCAGCAUCACGGCCAACGGAGGCAACUGCACCAGCUUUCCCAGCAACUCAACCUUUAAAAC